AUGUUUUAUAGCCACGAGGUUCUCACAAAUCGCCAGUAUGGCGUCGCCACCAUCUGGUGGGUAGCCACGCUCGGCCGUCAUGGCGGAACCAAAAGCAUCUCGCGCAAGGCCAUCAAGAAGGUCCAGAUCAAGAAGGCGUGCGAGAAGAUCAUUGACCCUGGGGCCCCUCUUGCGCUUCGUCUGCAGAGCAACCUCUUGUACGGCGUGACGCGGGUGUAUUCCGAGCAGUGCCGCUACGUCCUCGACGAUGCUGAGAAGAUGCGCUCUGCGAUGGUGACUCUAUAUAGCCAAUUUGGCAAGCUGAAUGCGACGGACCCCAAGGCGGGCAAGGCAUCCUCUGUUCCCAAGCAGCCUGCGUCUGGGGGCAUCCUCCCCAGCGACGACGACAUCUUUGCGCCUUUUGACGGAGGGUUUGGGUUCGAAGUCGACGCAGAGGGUAACUUGAUUGAGCUUGGUGAGCCCGAUCUCCCCCUUCGUGGUCCAGGAAGCGGAGUUCCAGAUAUGCCUCCCCAAGAGGAUUUCCAGCUUCAGUUUGAAGACUCGCUGCAUCCUAGUCAUGGUGGGGCUCCCAUGGACACCGAUGCUAUGAUGCUGGGAGAACCUUUACUACCCGAUGCGGAAGCGUUCCCAAGUGGUGAUCAACGGGCGGGAGGACAGCAGUCGCGGGAGAUACGAGGGCCACGGGCAUCAAAAGACUCCACGAUUACAGGACGCCGACGCCGCAAGGCCAAAGUCUGCUUUGUAGACGAAGCCCCAACCCAGAUCAGCGAUUAUGAGUACAAAAAGCUCGGCGUUAGAGGUCGUGGCACUCGACGAACUGCUUCCGAGGCCUUCAGCCAUGAGGCUGAAAAUACCCGUCGUGUAAGACGGAAGACGGCUGACCAAGAGGACCAAGGGCUCAAUGAUGAGAUAUUGCUUCCCGAAGGUGACGAUGUUCAGCCUGAAGUUGGUCGACGGGCCCACAGCAUCACCGAGGCACGGUCGUCCUCUGGUGCUCCAUGGUCUCGCCAAGGAUCUAUGGUGCCUGGAUCCUCGGUCAAGAGUGCUGCGGGCCGCCGAAGCCGCCAGGUCAGUGCCAGCCCUCUCGUCAGCCGCGGUACCGCCAUCGCCGAUAUCGAACGCUUCAACGAUCAAAACUUUCCCGCAGAUGAUUAUGCUGGUGGAGCCAAGGAUUCGGGGGCCCUAGACUUCGACGACCGAAGAAACGAUAGCGGGCACAGUGAAUCCGCACGCCGAUGGGUAGCAUUUGACCGCUUAGCCGAGCCAGGCGUUCAUGACCGGCAGGUGGCAGCCCAGGCAUUUCACCAUACCCUCGUGCUCGCGACCAAGGGUGAGAUCGCCGUCAGACAGCACGGGCUACCUUUCACCCCCUUUGGGAAGAUCGAAAUCGGUAUAAACAUUCCGGCGGAAGCCCAGCAUGAGCGAGACGAAGGUGUGGAGGGCAGUGAUGCUGGUAGGAUUUGA